AUGCGCCCCGUCGCAGCUCGCCGUCUCUGGUGCCACCUCGCCGGCGCCGCCUCCCCGCCUCGCCCCGACGUCGCCCCGCGCCUCGCCCUGCGCCCUGCCGCCGCCCUGGCUCCGUGCUCGAGUCCCGCGCCGCCCUGCGACCCUGCUGCGGUGGACAAGCCACCCGCCGGCGACGACCUCCCUCCCUCGCGCCCGUGCCACGACCUCCUCCUCACCGAACCCCACCACCGCCCGUCGCCUCGUCCUCCUCGUCUCCUCCUCGCCGACGAUGCAUCCCUGUCCUCCUCCCCAAAGGCUCCACCGAGCCUCGCCGCCCCCUGCUCACCAACGCAGGUGAGGACCCCGGUCCUCCUCCUCCUCCCUGUGCCCUCACGCCGGUGCUCGGCCGCGCCACCGCACCAUCCGCUUGCUGCCGGGAGCCACAGAACCGCGCGUCGCGCUCGCCGACGCUUCCCGCACUCGCCGCCCUCGCUCCGCGGCCUCGCCCCCUUGCUCCCGCUCCGCCGCAGCCGCUGCCGGCUGCUGCUCCGGCCGGCGAGCCUCGUCGUGGCUGGCCUGGCCAGUGCCCAGUCGGGCUAG